AUGCUGGCUAUAUUGUGUUUAUUGUUCACCUUAAAUCCUUUUUGGGCAGCAGCUCAAAACACGAAUGGACAUGUGGGUCCUGUAAGCAUCAGCUCGUUGGGACUCAAGGACUUCUUUGAUUGUUUACGAAAAUACCAUGACUUCAAGACCGACAUUGGCUACAAGACAGGCAGAACGGGAAUUAUCGUGAACUUGAGCUUAGAUGAACUAGGAACCAGAACAAACGAUGCAGUGCAGGAUUGUUAUAGGGCCAACGAAUUCGGGUUAUUACAAAUGGACUACAUUAUGUUCGUAGGGAAUGUUUCUGGGAACUUUACGCCUAUUGCGGCAGCAAACACAGACUCGACAAUUAUCUUCAGCAUGAUGACUGAUGUGCAACUGCCAGUCGGUGAAGAAUGGCGCGGUAAUGGCGUAAUGGGGAACAGUACCGAGGACACUUUAACGCGCCGUGCCAAUAGUAACAUGGUUAUUAAGUUUAUUAAGAGUGCGUGGCAAGACCAGACAACCUCUGAUACGGUUACUAACGUGUGCAACAGUAGAUACAAGGCUACUGGAAGUAUCUCAAUGUCAACAUCUACUACCGGCAUUCAUCAUGCCACAGCUUGGUCUCAUCACCAGUGCCAGAAGAAAGGCAGAGACGACUACAAAGGCGAGACAGAGGUAAAUUAUAGGAAUACGCAAUAUUGGGUUUACUCUUACGAGAAUUACUGGUUAUACGCAGGCGCGAUGUCACCAGGAAUACUGGGAGACUACUGGGGGCAGGGUGCCACACAGGCAGUUUGUGGUUACUGGAAUGACUGUUCAGAUUAG